GUCAAUAUCUUAUAUAAUACUCUGUGUGAAAAAAAUCUCUCUCCUCCUCUUCCUCUCUUCCUUUUGCUAUAGUUGGAAGCUUUUCUUUGUUCUCUCUUAACUCUCUUUCUCUCUCUCUCUGAGUUCAUGUUAGACAAAGAGGGUUUGUGUUGUAGGGAAAUUUGGUGGGUGGUGAAGAAGUGGGUCUUUUAGCCUGGUUUUGAGUUGGGUUUUCACUGAAAUUUGUUGGUUUUUUUUUUUUUUUUUCUUUUCCGAGUGAUUUUGGUCUGAGAUGGAGAGGGAUUUCUUGGGUUUAAACUCAAAGGAGCCAGUGGUUGUGGUGAAGGAAGAGAUUCAUAAUGAUUCCUGCAAAGACCCAGGAAACACUAGAGGUUCUGGUAUGCAAUGGCCUUUCUCAAAUAAGGUCUCUGCCCUACCCCAUUUGAUGUCUUUCAAGAUGGGUCAAGAAGAUAAGACUAGAAAGAUGGUAUCUGAGCCCCUUAUGUCUUCUGGGUUCUUACCUAUGGCAACUGCAGAUGCAUUUGAUUCUAGUAAAAAACGCUCUAUGAGUGAAAUCCAGAAAUCCUUCAAUCACGAUAGGCAAGGUGGCACUCACUUUUCCCUGACAGCUUAUCCUGUGCAACAUGAUAUGCAUUCUGUGCACCGUCCUCAUGAUGUGAAGAUGCUUUCACUUUCCAAUCCAGCAGUAUCUGUUCCUAUGGGUUUUCCUGCAGCCGGUCAGAAUUUGGCUGCUGGAACUGUGAAGCAACAAUUACUAGGAGGAAUUCCUAUUACGUCUCAGCAUCUAGUUCUUCCAAGUGCUGGUUCAAUUGCUGGUAUCACUGAACCAUGGAACAAUGUCAAGGCCCCUGGGUCUCCUCCUCAAUUGACCAUCUUUUAUGCGGGUACUGUGAAUGUCUUUGAUUGUAUCUCACCUGAGAAGGCUCAAGCUAUCAUGUUCUUGGCUGGAAAUGGUUCUUCCAUGGCCUCUAAUGGAGCAAACCUGAAAGCUCAAGUUCAGGGACCUAGCUUAAAGUUGGCAGCAGCUGAUGGUGUUCCGGUGAAUCAGCCCAUAAGCACACCUCAUUCUGCUCUUUCAAGCCCUCUAUCUGUUUCUUCACAUACUGGUGCCCAGUCGGGGAGUGGAUCCACAAGCACUGAUGAACUGAUGGCUGCUAAACCCACUGGAGUUCCAAGCUCUCCUGUUAGCAAAGUGGAGCCGCCAAAAAUGAUCAAUGCCGUUGGGUCUGUUGCUGCAAGUCCUAUGAUGCCUUCAGCUGUUCCACAAGCUCGCAAAGCAUCCUUGGCUCGGUUUUUAGAGAAGCGCAAGGAAAGGGUGAUGAGUUCAGCACCUUACCAGCUGAACAAGAAAUAUUCAGAAUGUGCCACCCCAGAAUCUAAUGGUGCAAACUUCACUUUAAGUUCUGUUGCAGAUUCCCUACGCAAGCAAGGAGAAAAUCUGUGAGGAAUGAAGCCAUAUUUGAAAAGAAGUAUGCCAAAUUUAUGUAGGAAACAAAUGUUUCUUAUUGUUAUUCAAGAAGACUUAUAUUUGCUGUCUCAGAUUUGAAGUCCCAGACUUUCUAAUAUAUAGUUGGAUGUAGGGCUCUUUUUUGUCUCUUUAUCUUCUAUUGUUUUGAAUGUUAUUAUGUUGGUCGGAUUUCUGUUUCCGACUUUAGAACUGCAGUACCUUUGUGUAACUAUUUUUCACUCUUUUUUUACAUUGUGCAAAUAAGAACCAGAUUAAAAAUAUUUAUAUAUAUAUAGAUCUUCCCAUUCA